AUGGACAUUGGCAAUAUCGUUUUUGCCAUAAUAGGCUUCUCUGCAUCGUUCAUAUUUUGUGUGCCAAGCCUCAAGACAUGGCAAAGAAAGCAAAUGGCUUUGGAAAAACUAAAAAUCAUCAGGGAAGCUUUGGAAGAAGCUGAAGAAAGAGUAGUGAGAUUCCAAGAAAGGCAUGAUCGAAUAUUGAAUCACAUAAGCGCGUCUUACUUGACGAAUGCAGAGGCUGUCGAGGCAUUAGCGGGUGCUCGACGAAACAUGAACCAGGCAUUGGAAUUUGCUGUUGAAUUGAGGUCGAUUCAGUUUAAAACCAUUAGCUCUUUCCCAAAUGCAGUCCAUAUCGUUAAUGGUGCAUCCGAUACAGGUCCAAUAAGAGGUGCUUGA